GCGCGAGAGCAUUCUCGAUCGCUCAGCUGAGCGAGCUCGGGCGAGUUAAAGCUGACAGAGUUUAUCCGUCGUCUGGAGGAAACAAACCAAGGAGACUUAAAACCUCCUCGAAAUGAAGAAAAAAACCUCCCCUGAUCGAAGUGCAUAUCCUUAACUCUACGCUGGACCCGGUUCUGUUCCCGUGGACGGCUUAGUAGGCGAGUUAUGCGCACUUGAAAAUGAAGGGAGCUUGUGUUUUUUUUCUCCCUCGUCCAGCGAGAGGACAAGAUGGCAGCGCUAGUAGAGCAUGCAGUGGGUGCGAAUUAAACCCGAACAUGUUCAUUAAAGACCUGCAGUCCCACCACAGCUGCUGUCUGUGAAGGUAUGGCCUCACAGGUUACGGUCUGUCCACCACAUGUUUAUCAACCUCAGACAAGUGCCUUUUGCAGAGCGAAGAAAAUCGAUCCCAGCAGCUGUGUUUACCAAAAGAUCCCUCGCACUUACGUGGUCGGUGUGAAUCUAGGCAUCGCACACCCCACAGAUAUUAUACCCAUAUCGCAAAUUGAAGUGUUGACUAGCGAGAAACCCUGUGGUACACAGGCCUUUUCAAUACAGACUGAAUCCUUCCCAGCUCCUCAGGAGCUCGUUGGAAGGGCUUCCUCGCUAUACACACGUGUGGCAUUAGAGGGUGACCUUCAGUAUUUCUCCAGAGCGGCCACAACUGUUGCAGAAGAAAGUGGAGACAGUGGCCAAAACUGCCAUAGUAGUUGUAGGAGUAGUAGUGCUCGAGGAGGAGCAGGGGACGACGAGGAGAGAGACGAAAGAAACGGUGGUUUGAAUUUGGUCGUCAAAACCCAAAAAUGUGGGUUUAAAUGUGAAAGUGAGGAGCUUGAGAAGGGCAAGAGCAUCAUGCAGAUAGUAGAGGAGCAUUUGACUCUACCUGCUAUGUUGCAAACAAAUGUUGGCAGCACAGCCGCAGUGGGUGUGGCUCCACCCGAGCAGAAUGGAACAGGAACGGGAGCUGUGAGUGGUGCAGUUGAUGGCGAAUAUCAGUUGGUGCAACAUGAAGUGUUAUGCUCCAUGAAACACACCUAUGAAGUGCUGGAAUUCUUGGGACGUGGUACAUUUGGUCAAGUGGUAAAGUGUUGGAAAAGGGGCACCAACGAGAUCAUGGCAGUGAAAAUACUGAAGAACCAUCCGUCAUAUGCGCGGCAGGGCCAGAUCGAGGUGAGCAUCCUGGCCCGACUGAGCGGGGAGAACGCAGAGGAGCAUAACCUGGUGCGGGCUUUUGAGUGCUUCCAGCACAGGAACCACACCUGUCUGGUGUUCGAAAUGCUCGAGCAGAACCUAUAUGACUUCCUCAAGCAGAACAAGUUCAGUCCAUUGCCGUUGAAAGUGAUUAGACCCGUGCUGCAACAGGUGGCCACGGCGCUGAAGAAGCUCAAGAGCUUGGGCCUGAUCCACGCCGAUCUUAAACCAGAGAACAUUAUGCUGGUAGAUCCCGUGAGACAACCGUUCCGUGUAAAAGUGAUUGACUUUGGCUCUGCUAGCCACGUCUCCAAAGCUGUGUGUUCAACGUAUCUGCAGUCGCGCUACUACAGGGCUCCAGAGAUCAUCCUGGGCUUACCCUUCUGUGAGGCCAUAGACAUGUGGUCACUGGGCUGCGUCAUCGCUGAGCUGUUUCUGGGCUGGCCGCUUUAUCCAGGAGCGCUGGAGUAUGACCAGAUUCGUUACAUCUCACAAACUCAAGGGUUGCCAGGAGAGCAGCUUCUGAAUGUGGGAACAAAGACGUCACGCUUCUUCUGCAAGGAGUCCGAUUCGCCAUACGCCGCUUGGAGACUGAAGACCACUGAAGAACAUGAGACCGAGACAGGGCUGAAGUCCAAGGAGGCAAGGAAGUACAUUUUCAGCUGUUUGGAUGACAUAGGACAUGUAAACCUAAUGCUCAUCAUGGAGGGAUGUGACCAGUUGGCGGAGAAAGCAGACAGGAGAGAAUUUGUAGACCUGCUGAAGAUGAUGUUGAUGAUCGAUGCCGAACAGAGAAUUGCCCCUUCAGAUGCACUUACUCACCCUUUUGUCACUAUGCAGCACCUGAUGGAUUUUCCCCAUUGCAACCACGUCCAGUCUUGUUUCCACAUCAUGGAUGUUUGUCAUUCAAGAACCAGCAUUUACGAUACUCUCAACCGCAACAAAGCACCCCCUCUCAUGAAGCCUGUGACACUUUCCAAUGCUCCAAAUAUCACUGUCGCCUUCAACAAAAUCCACUCUGUCCACUCUCAGACCCUGCCUCCGUCGGCUCCACCUGUGGUGCAUCCUGGCAUACCCAUCCAAACAGGAAGUGCCCAGUUUGGGUGUAACGACUCGUUUCAGCAGGCACUCAUUCUCUGUCCUCCUGCCCUUCAAGGAAUUCCCUCAAACCCAAGUCAGCCAGCAGGCUAUUCAGUUAGAAUGGAGAAUUCUCUUCCUCUGGUGACCCAAGCCCCAGCAAUCCAGCCCUUAACCAUGAGACCAGGAAUUAUAGCACAACAGCCAUGGUCCAACAGAACUCCACAGAUCUUGAUGCCAGCUUGGCAGCAGGUCCCACCACCUGCUACGAGCUUGGCAUCCGACACAGUCGUUGGACCACAGAGGCGAGGAGACUGGGGGAGGGUGCAGCCACACAGCAGCCAUUACAGUUCGGUGAUGCCCCAACCUAUUGUUCCCAACCAAAUGGCUGUGUCAGCUCAUCAGCCAAUAAACAUUGGCAUCGCUCAUGUGGUCUGGCCUCAGCCUGCAACUAACAAGAGGAACAAGGCUCAGAACAGGAGUAUGAAUGUCUCGCACUUUACGGACACACAGCCCUCAGUGUGUCCAUCAUUAAAGAUUACGGACAGGUUGGUGAGUAUAGAGCCAGAGCGGAUCUCUCCUGACAGAGAGCUGCAGUCCCAGGCAAAGCAGGAACCGGAGCAGGUGGAGGAGGGUUGCUGUAAGGCAGGGGUGGCCAAUCAACAGCGAGAGUCCAUCAUUAUCAGAGAGUCGCCCAGUCCAGCGGUCAGUGUCAUUAGCAUUAGCAGUGGCACAGAUGAGGAGGAACAAGUACAGAGAUGCUCCCUUAACAAGUGUAAGGGCAGUCCUGAGUGUGAGACAUGCACAGGCUCUCUGAACAUGGAGCGAGUGUGUUCUCUCAGCAGUCCUGACAGCAGUCUGAGCACCAGCUCCUCUGCCUCGGCACAAUCCAGCCCGUCACCAUGCAAAAGACCCAGCAGUAUAUCAGAAGAUGACGGCCAUGAAAGUGGGUGUGAAACGGUAGAUGGGUCCCCCCCUUCAGACUCCUCCCUAGGGCUGCACGAUAGCCCCUUCCCCGAAAGACGCUUCCUGACCAAUCAGAACCAGAAACCCCAGGCCAGGCGCGGACACCCCAACACAGGGCUGAACAAACCCACAGUGAGGACUGUUGUGGUGCCACCCAUGAGAGUGAUGAACAAUAAUCACCAUCCCAACAAUGAGCAGCACACAGUCGGCACAGUCUUCGAAUCCUUCUGCCAGUCCAGAGGUCGCUGCGGCCCAGGACGACUGAGCCAUCUUUCCACGCCCACGCUGCCCCGCCAGCAGAAAAUGAGCUCUUUAUUCCAGCCACAGCAGCCAGGCUUUGGCCAGGUCCAGCAUUACGGCUCCUGCCACAAGGAAUGGAACGGCAACUACCGGCAGCAGCGCCGGCCGCAGGCCUUCAUCCCACCCACGGUGCACGGCCCCGCCUUCCCGCUUCCCCACGGCAGCCCCACACACUCGGCCGCCCACCCGCCACCUCCCGCCCUCCUCUCCUAUCCACCUUCCGCGCCCGUGGCCCACCUCUUGCCUUCGCCGUGCCCACCGCCGGCCCCACGGCCCGUCUUGCAGCCCGCCUACAGUCUGGUGCACCACCAGGGCAUCAGUGUGGGUAUCAACCACAGGCUGCUCCCCUCCCCCACCAUGCUCCCGCAGGGCCAGUUCAAAGCCCUUUUUCCCCCGCACUCCUAUGUGGCAUCGCCCGCCUACGCAGGCUUCCCCCUCAGCCCCAGCAAACUCAGCCAGUACCCCUACAUCUGAGCUGGAGCCCGCGGCAACCACGUGCACGCAGCCAGCACUGAAACGCAAGCCGCAAACUUUCUAGCCCCCAUAGGGUUUCCUUUUCUUUUUCUUAUGAAGUUUGACAGCAGUGAUGAUAAUGCAAUUGAAAUCGAGCUUUAUAGAUAUCAUGAUGAUUAAAACAAAAGGAUGAAUGAGUGAGUGAAUGAGUGGAUUAAAAAAAAAAAAAAGCUCAUUUUUAAUGUGUUUUUGCACAUUUGAUACAAAAUAAAACCCUAGUCAUUAGAUCCUCUCCUGUACGGAGAGAAACUCGGCAGACCCCACCCCCCCUUCCCCUAUGCUAUUUUUUUAUAUUGCCUUUUGAAGUGCGUAUUAGACAGUGACUCUCUUGUUAAGCCAUCGCUGUCUCCAGUGGUAAAGCCACACAUGCGUGAGAGAGAGAGAUAGAGAGUCCCCUUUGUGGCGACCCAGUCAUACCUGUCCAUAUUUUCAUUGUAACCCGUGCUCCUCAGUGUUACAUCUGUUAAACCGGUGUUGAAAAAGUCACGCUGCAUGUUUCUGCAUGGGCAAACUUCAACAGGGGAAGGGCUGAAAACUGUUGCUGUUCUCCCUCUGUGUGUUGUACAAAUUGCUGCAUUGAAUCCUGGAUUCAACAAACAGUGCCUUAAAAUCCAUGUUGUUGCAAGGUUACCCCAAGUCCCACUUGCAGUCAUGUGUGUACUGGACUGCAGCACUUGAAACUUUAAAUCGUUCUUUGUGAUUUUUAUAUUAGGGCUGUUUCAUAGAUUGAUUUGUGCUUGGUGCAUUAGCGCAUUAGUUGGCUUGCAUAGUCUCUACAUUGGUGUUGUAAAAGAACGAUCACAUCACCGUAAUUUUAUUCAUCUCUUGGGGUUGUGACAUAGGAAUUUUUUUGGAGAGUGGCUUAGGCGUAAGACGAUUCAAAGAUGUUGAACCAAACCUGCUCGGUCUAAACGAGGACUUGGCCGCAAAGGUUUUUCAUGUUUUAAAAUCUCAAUUAAAAUAAAUUGACACCUGAUUGGCUAUUAACCUUUUCUUUGUCUUCAGUUCUCAGUCUUUGUGAUUUUACGUCCGUUGAGUGCAUGUUUCCACGUAAGAUAUGGCUCAUGAAAUGUUUUUUCUACAGGUUUGAACUUUUGUACAGAUAACGGAGCGAAAUAUUGCAAUGGAUAGCCAGUCGGUUUUCGUUCAAUGCCUUAGAUGAUUUGGUCAUUAUGAUAUUCUGAAUCAAAAAAGUCCUUUACAUGUGUUAUUUACAGGUGGAUGUUUUUGGGAUGCCCUGAGCAUGUGUUUGAGAGGUAGCAGAUUUAGAAUCUUUACGGAUAAUGCGCUUCGCUGUAGCAGAGGCGUAUUCAAAUGAACUAUGUACAGAAAAAGUUUGAGUACUUUCAUAUUUGAUAUUCUGUUUCUACUCUAAUAGUAUUUACACUGUUUAAUGAAACUGCAAUACAAUCCAUAGAUUUGGGGUGUACUCUGUUUUUAUUUUAUUUUCAUCAAUUCUACAUUUAUUUUAGAGUUAGAAGUGUUCUUGGUGUUGGAAUUGUAUCCUGCAGAUAGCUCUGAUGGUAUUUUAUGGUUUCAUGUUUGCUUUGUGCAGAAAUUUUAGUAUUGAGUAUCCAACUGUAAGUCUGUCAUUGCUGGAGUAUUCAGUGCUUUAUAAGAUGAGAGUUGAUCGUGUGCAAUUUUCUUCAUAGAUGCAUGUGACAAGAUACAAUUUUUGUUUCGUAUGCUCUCUUUUCUCACCAUUUAAUUAAGGCUUCUUUUUUUUUUUUUUUUUUUUUUUUGGACGCUGGCUGUUUUUAUUUCAUACAUUCCGUCAGGGAGAAAUAGCUUUUUUUUCUGUGUGAUUAGUUUUUACUUUAUUUUUUAUCAAUUUUCAUUAGAUAUGAGUUUUUCAUUAGGUGUGUUUUCCUUUACUGUCACAUAAUUAUGCUUUUGCUACACCAAAGACAGUAAUUCAUUUCUUAAGCAGAGUAACUACUGUUUUAGCGUAGACCUCAAACAUAGUGUAGUUGAGGCCAUAUUUAACAGAAAAAUCUGUAAAAACUUUGAGGUUGAUGUUUAGCUUUUUUUGGGCAAGUUAUGACUUUGUUUCAUUUAUUCUUGAAUGUAUCAUAGAUAAGCUGCUAUAUACUGAUUGCCACUUCAUAAUAGCUGUGAAAUUAGACUAUUAACUAUGUUCUUAGCCUUCUUAUUUUUAUAUAUGUCUAAUUACCUUGAAAUAGAAGUGAGGAUUUGUUUUUGGUUUUACCGUACUGACUGGCAUCAGAAGCAUUUGAAUGCCUCUCUCUGUUUUGCUUUCUUUCUUUGAAGUGUCAUUGUAACUACUGUAUUGCAAGUAAUGGAGAUUUAGUUUUGUGCGUGGGGGGGGGGUUUGUGUUAUUUUACGUUUUGUUUGCAUCAGUGUUGUAUCUGUUGUUCUCUUGGGGCUAAUCUUUACGUAUUAGAUGCAUAUUGGUAUAUAUCUAUCUUAUUACGUAUAUUUGCAUUUUGUUAAAGCAUAGCUUGCAGGAUAGAUUUAACUUCCUUUUUUUAAGUAUCAAUAUACAUUUUGUAUUCUAUGACCCUCUUAUCUCAUCAGUUCAGAAUAUUAAUUUCAAUAAUGCUUUUAGCACUUGUUGAUACUGUUGAUAAGCUAGCCAACAUUUUAGGUUUGGGCAAAAAUCUUUCCGGUCUCAUAUCGUUAACUACAGUGCUCAGAAUUUGUAGUCAAGUUUUUUUUUUUUUUUUUUUUUCUUCCACCUAAUGAUCAGUUGUUCAUUUCAUCAAAGUUUUAUCAGGUAUAUUAAUGUGUUUAGAAAUGAAAAAAAAAAAAAAAAAACAUGCACGUUUUUGUUCUUUUGUUUACCAAUGAACUCCCAUGUAAGGAGGACUGUUAGUUUGCUCAGAAAACUAGGAGUUAUCAGACCACCUGUUUUUGCUUAAACAUCUUGCUGUGGGUGAUUUAUUCCCUGCUCUUCAAAGUGAGCAACACUGCAUUAGUGCCUUUGAAAUGUGCUUAAGACCUUUAUAUCCAUUUUACAAACACUGCCUGUGUUUGUUUCUCUAAAUUGUGAUGAAAAAUCUAGUCACUUGUUGGGUCUGACUUGUGUGUUUGUUCUUGGAACACAUCUGAAUUCGUAAAUUUUUAUGACCAACAACAACAACAAAUACUAUUAUGAAGUGAUAUCAGGGAUUAUUCUUAUUAUGCUGACUAAACAUCUAAGACACAGUUUUCUUGUAUUUGGGAAGCUUGACAUAAAUACACUGUGAAUGUAAACAUCAACUCAUGUUUCACCACCAUGUUGAAACAUUUGUUAAAUAGAAUAAAUGAACCAUGCCCUUUGUUUAACAGGACUUAACAUUAUCCAAGUGCAUUGCUUUACUCCAUUUAUUUGGAGAUGCUGUCCAAAAUGUGUUUUGGUUCCUCAAGUUGUCUUGCUUUAUUGUUUUUACUCUAUCAGAACAGUGAAUCUUUAAUAUUUAGCAUGUAGCACUAGAGAGGAGUACUAAAAUUGCUACUCAUGCACAUAGACAAUUGUAGGAAUUUAUUGCAUUAAUUUGUUGCAAGUAGACAUUUCAGAAAUGUGACCUGCAUUCUAGUAAGGUCUACCAAACCCAACCUAAAUAAGACUGAAAUUUAGCCAAAGUGCUAAGGACAGCCGGCUGCAUGAGGGAUCUGCACACGAAGCUAAAGAUGAAAUUUCUCCCCAAACCAAACAUUUUUAGGUUGUGCUUUGAUUUUGUUUUCUUUGAUUUCACACAAUGUUUUUCUUUUAGACGUUCUUGUACAGUUCAUUCAGGGUCCUUGUAUUAGUCAUAUGUGCUACUGUGUAACACUUGCCGUAAGAUUUGGGUUGGAUUGCUCUAUUUUUAACUCUUCUGCAGAUUAUAUUUGAUUAAAAGUUAAAUCUCACUGCAAGUUAUCGAAUAAUAUUUAGACUUAAGAGCAAGCAGACUUGAUUUACUAAAUCUGAACUGUUACCGUUUUCAUACUUGUAGAUUUUUGUGGCUUUUUGAUUUCUGUUUGCUUUUGAUUUCUCUGCUACAUUAGUUUGCUAUGUAGCCACUGCACUGUGCAAUAUUCACUAUAUGAGGACUGGGAAACUUUUUUUUUUUUUUUUUUUUAUAUGUAAUGUCUCUUACAGUUUGCAGUCGUAUUUCUCUCUAGUUCUCAGCGAUUUAUAUGUGACCAAGCCUUAUGUACUUUGUCACAAAAAGCGGGUUUUCCUGGUGACUAUUGGUGAGUGUCAAAUUAAAGAAAUGAUUGUGUAUUGUCAAAAUUCACUUUGAAUUAAAAUAUAUAUUGCUGCGGGCACACAUUUGGUCUCGGUGCUUUAUUUUGAUAUAUUAAGGAAAUCUUUUCAAUGUAUUUGACCACAUAAAGGCAUGGCAUUUUC